AUGGUCUCAGGAGCGGACUUUGCUUUCCCGCGGGUCUUCAAUCGCCCGCCAUCCGGGAAUGACGCGGAACUAGGUGCCAUCCGUGUCUUGGCUGGGAGCCCGACCCAGGCGGAAGUAGCUAAUAGCGUCCCGGUGCAGGGCGAUUGUCCCGCCUCCAGCACAGUCCGUGGGGAAUGUGGGACUCCUCCCCCUGCGGAAGAGCCACCACUGAAGGAAUUGCAGGCUCUUCAGUUAGUUCUGAGACCAGUGAAUAACCAAGCCACCAAGGCUCAUGAACGCCUAAAACAGAAUCUGAGCAAGAGGCAAAAGACUCUCCUGGAUUCCAGAAGCAGCAACAUCCGGGGCAUCCCUGGCUUCUGGGCCCAAACUUUUGUGAACCAUCCCCAGCUGUCAGCAAUGAUCAGUGACCAAGAUGAAGACAUGCUUAGCUACAUAAUCAAUUUGGAAGUACAAGAACUCAGGCAUCCCAAGAGUUCCUGCAAAAUCACCUUUUACUUUAGAAAUAACCCAUACUUCCAGAAUGCAGUGGUUGUUAAGGAAUUCGUCGUGGAUAUCACUGGAUAUAGGUUGUGCCAUUCCACUCCCAUUCACUGGCGUGAGGAUUAUAAAAUUGAAGCCGACAGUCACAGAAACCACAACAAGAGCCCAAACUUCUUCAACUGGUUUACAGACCACAAUUUUGCAGGCUCAAACAGGAUCACUGAGAUCAUCAGAAAAGACCUGUGGCUCAAUUCAUUGUACUACUACAAGAUGAUGAAAGCAAGCACAUGA